AUGUUGAUGCCCAAGAAGAAUCGGAUCGCCAUUUAUGAACUCCUUUUUAAGGAGGGAGUAAUGGUAGCCAAGAAGGAUGUGCACGUGCCCCAGCACCCAGAGCUGGCAGAUAAGAAUGUACCCAACCUUCAGGUCAUGAAGGCCAUGCAGUCUCUCAGGUCUCGAGGCUAUGUGAAGGGACAGUUUGCAUGGAGACAUUUCUACUGGUACCUGACCAACGAGGGCAUCCAGUAUCUCCGAGAUUACCUCCACCUGCCACCUGAGAUUGUGCCUGCCACUCUACACCGUAGCCAACCAGAAACUGGCAGGCCUCGGCCCAAAGGUCUGGAGGACGAGCGACCUGCAAGGCUCACAAGAGCGGAAGCUGACAGAGACACCCAGAGACGGAGUGCUGUGCCCCCUGGAGCUGACAAGAAAGCCGAGGCUGGGGCUGGGUCAGCAACCGAAUUCCUGUUUAGAGGAGGAUUUGGUCGUGGACGUGGUCAGCCACCUCAGUGAAGUUGGACAGGAUUAUUUUGUUUUGAAUAAACUUGUAGCCAGAAAAAAAAAAAAAAAAAAAAAAAAAA